GGUGUUUCUGCUGUGUUGUGUGUGCUGUUUCUAAACCUAAAAUAAUCAUAGCUGAGUGAUGGAGAAGGGUUCGGGCUAAAUUAAUAGGAUAGUAUAGGUUUUUAAAUAUUUUUUAUGAUUUAAUAUCUGAAGGUUAAGAGGUAUCGUUAGUUUUAAGUAUAUUAGGCCAACCUACAUAUAGGCCUAUGCCUAUUAAUUACUGAAUCUGAAUCUAACAAAUCAAAUUUAUUUAUCCAUCACUGUUAUGCUUAUGAGAAACAGUUGUUUCGAAUUUAUUUUCUCAGUUACAUACCUAAUUACAUGAGAAAUUAAUCAAUCUUACAAAGGCAUAUCACAGUCUCUCUAGCCUCAUGAAAUAUUGCAAUCUUGAUCACGAAAAAAUGAAAAAUGGUUGCCAACUCUUCUCUGCCUAAAAGAUUUAAACCCUUUGUGUGUGGAAUUUUGUUUGCAUCUGUCACUUGGUCCAUCAGCUUAUAUCUAUACUGGUGGUUGACGCAAACAACUGGAGGGUUUGUCUCCACAAGAAAACCUGUUGCUGCAGAGCUUCAUCAAAGCAGAGUAAUUAGUAAUGAUAUCGUUCUUCCAUAUGAAAAUGAUGAAAAUAAACUCAAACGAUCAAAAAGUAAAUACUUUGCUCCCAACAAGUUUAAAAACAGUGAUUCACUCAUUAAUCACUUACAACCUGAACCGAUCAAACCAGCCGUUGAUGUUGAUAGAGAUCUCGCAACUUUGGGCUAUGUAAAAACACCUGAAGAUCUUAGGAUUAGAGAUGAAGGCUACAAGAUGUACGGGUUUAAUGCUCUAGCUAGUAGAAACCUGGACUACCAUCGCAAAAUACCUGACACUCGGCACAAGUUAUGUCAGUCUCAAUCUUACCCAGAAAAGCUGCCCAACGCCAGCGUAAUAAUCUGCUUUUACAACGAACAGCUGGAUACUCUGAUACGCUCCAUACACAGUAUAUUAGACCGUACUCCGAGCUUCCUUUUACAUGAAAUUGUACUGAUUGAUGACUACAGCGAUGUUGAUAGAUUAUACAGCAAAGUUGAGGAGUAUAUCACUACAAAUAUUCCUGAGAAACCAAAAAUAAAACUAUAUAGGACAUCAGAACGUGAAGGCCUGAUCAGAGCACGGCUUUAUGGGGCUAAACAUGCUACCGGUGAGGUUUUGGUUUUCCUGGAUAGUCACAUCGAGGUGAACGUACAAUGGCUGGAGCCAUUGCUUUAUCCGAUCUCUGUGAACCACACAAGCGUGGUAACUCCAAUUAUCGACAUCAUCAAUGCUGACACAUUCGAGUACAAGUCUUCUCCCUUGGUGAGGGGUGGCUUCAAUUGGGGGCUACACUUCAAAUGGGAAAAUCUUCCUAUAGGAUCUCUCGUUAAUGAAGAGGAUUUUGUAAAACCCAUUAAAUCACCAACCAUGGCUGGAGGUUUGUUUGCCAUGGAUAGAAAAUACUUUUUUGAUCUCGGAGGCUAUGAUCCAGGAAUGAACAUUUGGGGAGGAGAAAACCUGGAAAUCUCAUUUAGGAUCUGGAUGUGCGGUGGGACGCUGCACAUUGUGCCCUGCUCGCGUGUCGGACAUGUUUUCCGCAAGCGACGGCCUUACUCUGCUCCUGACGGAGAAGACACCAUGACUAGAAAUUCCUUGAGAGUUGUUCAUGUCUGGAUGGAUGACUACAAGGAAAAGGUUUACAACAUACGUCCAGAAGUGUUGAAGACAGGAUUCGGCGAUGUGAGCGAGAGAAUCAGUCUUCGAAAACGUCUGAACUGCAAAUCGUUUAAGUGGUAUUUGGACAACAUAUACCCGGAGCUUGAGGCAGGGACAGCUGAUAAACCUAAAACUGUCGGCAAACUGGACCAGCCUGUCUACCAACCUUGGCACCUACGCAAGAGAAACUACAUAGGUCAAUAUCAGAUUCGUCUGUCUAAUUCUUCAUUUUGCAUUGCCAGUGAAAAGGAUGUGAAAACAAAAGGCUCACUUCUCAUCCUUAAAUCUUGUGUUCGAGCGAAAAAUCAGAUGUGGUUUGAGACGGACAAGAACGAGCUGGUGCUAGCGCAGCUGCUUUGUAUGGACGCUGGUGACCACCGACCCAAGGUGUCAAAAUGUCACGAGAUGGGUGGCUCUCAGGAGUGGAAACAUCGCAGCUCGAAUGCCAGUCCCAUCUACAACUUGGCCGCAGGUACCUGUUUGUCGGCCGCCACGCAGCCGCAACCUGAUGUCCCGGUCGUCAUGGAUCUGUGUACGAACAACGGUUAUAACCAUUGGGAUCUAGUGUCUGUUAUUAGUUAGUUAUACAAUAUGUUAAAAACAUUUUUACAAAUAUUUAUUUUUAUAUUUUCUUAUUAAUUUUUAUACUUGUUUUCAAUGUUAUUAAAACUUUAUUCUACAA